UUGCUUUUCAUGUAUUUACCACAUAGACAAUAAAGAUAAUAUAAAAUUAUCCUUAUUAUUUACGAUUUACUACCCUAAAAUCACAUUUCGUUAUUCUUUCUAUCUAGAAUUUUGAAUUAUUGAGAAGUCAGAAACUUACAGAAUUCAAAAUGCAAAACGACGCCGGAGAAUUUGUUGACUUGUACUGCCCAAGGAAGUGCUCUGCCAGCAACCGUAUCAUCCCUGCUAAAGAUCACGCUUCUAUACAGAUCAAUUUAGCAGAAAUUGACUCGGCCACUGGUCGCAUAACCGGAAAUCACAAAAUCUUGACCAUUAGUGGAGCUAUUCGUCGUAUGGGAGAGUCAGAUGACUGCAUAACGAGGUUAGCAAAAGAACACGGGAUUGUAGCUAAGAAUUUCUAGAGUAACUAAAGUUAUGAAUUUAUUCUAUUUGAAAAUGUGAAUAAUAAAAAAAAAAUAAAAAACUA